AUGUCUCAACAACCGAAUUCUUCCUCCCCAAAGAAAGUGUCUCCCAUCUCCGACUCUGCAACACCUAAUGAGUCAACUAACCCUAAUCGGGCUCUCAAUGUAUCUCCUCUGAGGAUGAUUAACACUAAAGAUUUAACGACUACAAAGCCAAGAACAUCGCAUGCAAGAAGACCUAAGGAGAGUGUUCGUACUAAAGGCUCUAAUCCCUCAUUAUCCAACCCUCGUGAGGAACUUACUAAAGAAGGAACAAGAUAUGUUCAUAACUCCAUAGCCAAGAUUGUCAAACGGAUUUUGGAUGAAAAUCAUCAGGUCCCUGGGAUAUUUGUCCCUUUACAAACCGUGAUUCCUGAUCCUCCCAAGAGCAAACGUAAUGAUAAUGAUGUUCACACUGCUGGUAGUGACAUUCACAUGACUGAAGAGGAGAACAAUGAAGAGGUUCAAGAAGAUGCCGAUAACACCAAUGUCACUGAGGAUGUCAAUGACAUCGGAAAUUUUGAAGCUGGUGAUAGUCCAAGGGCAGAUGCUGGAAUAGGUACAAAUGUUGUGGAUUUAGAUGAAUACUCUGACAAUGAUUUGCUUGCUACUGUGAACCCUAGUGUAGCCGAAAGGCUCAUGACCAGGAGAAAAGGCAAAGCUGUGAUUCAGAAUUCUCCUGUGAAGAAAGCUGCUGUUAAAAUCCCUUCCAAAGAUUCUGUCAAGAAGAAGAGUACCUCUGCAGGACAUAUAAAAAGUAAAGCUAAAAGUGUUGGUGUUGGUCCCUCAAAAUCUUGGAGCAAGGUUGUUCCAAAGAAGAGGAAGGCAAGAGUUGUUGAAGAAUCUGAGUCUGAUGUUAAAGUGAAUGUCCAUGAAAUUCCAUUAAAGAAGAAGCCCACAACUAGCAAGCUUGCUGCUAGUGUACCUGAAGUUCCCAUUGACAAUGUAUCCUUCCACUUUGCUGCAAGUGCAAACAGGUUGAAAUUUGUGUAUCAAAAGAGACUGGCCCUUGAGAGGGAAUUGGCUCAAAAUUCUCGUAAUUGUAAGGACAUAAUGGACUUGAUUGAGGCUGCUGGCCUAAUAAAAACUAUUGUCCAUCUGGGUAAAUGCUAUGAAAUGCUGGUGAAAGAGUUCAUAGUGAACCUCUCUGAAGAGUGUGCUGACAAAAGAUCUAAGGAAUUCAGAAAAGUGUUUGUAAGAGGAAAAUGUGUUAACUUCUCUUCCACUGUGAUAAACAACAUCUUGGGAAGGUCUGAUGAAGCUCAAUUUGAGCUCGAAGUCUCUGAUAACAAGGUAUGCCAAGUUAUCACUGCAAAUCAAGUCAAAAGCUGGCUUUUGAAAGGAAAACUGUCUACCGGUAAACUAAGCAUGAAGUAUGCAAUGCUACAUAAGAUUGGGGCUGCUAAUUGGGUGCCAAUAAAUCACAAGUCUAUUGUCUCAACUGUCCUUGGAAGAUUUAUCUAUGUUGUUGGUACAAAAGAAAAGUUUGACUAUGGUACCUACAUUUUUUAG